CUUUUCGAGAGCAUCCCAACCAUUGUCUGACUACUUCCUAAGGUUCUUUGUAUUGCACCAAUAGGCCAACUAAACGUAGAUCUUUCAAGCCGGAGCCUGUCUGUGUUGGUUCAGCUGGCGUAGGCUGGUAAACGCGUCCUUUACAUUGACCUGUACUCUAGUAUUAUCCUUUGUUCAUAAAGUGGUCAGUUAUUGUACCUUAACAAUGGACUUGAGAAUUGUACUUCUGACCGUAAUCUCUUUUUGUGUUGUUGAGCUGGUUGCAUCAUACAGAAUCAAUGAACGCGCCCUUCCAAAUCGCCAGCUGCUCGUCGGCUAUUGGGGACAGAAUUCUGCUGGACCCAAGUUUGGAAAAUGGAAAUACGAAAGAGACCUGAGACACUUCUGUAACAACUUUAAAUUCGAUAUCUAUGUUAUUGCCUUCGUACACAGGCUCUUUGAUCCUCGCCACGCAGAUCGACUGCCAGGAAUGAAUUUUGCCCAUCAUUGUAGCUAUGUGCCCGAUCCAAAAUACCCUGGUAUAUACGAGUGUGCAUCAAUUGGUGGGGCUAUACGAGACUGUCAAAAACUCGGCAAGAAAUUCUUGAUCUCCCUUGGUGGUGAUACGUGCGAUGGUACUCUAGGAAGUGCUGCUAACGCGCGCUUCCUGGCUAAGAAUAUCUGGAAUAUGUUCCUUGGUGGUCAGGAGUUGCCAGGCAAAAGACCAUUCCUAAGUGCUGUAUUGGAUGGCGUUGAUCUGGACAUUGAGAUCGGUAGUUACAAGUAUUAUCCAGACUUCGUGAAGGAGUUACGACGCCUGAUGAGAACAGACCCGAGCAGAAAAUAUCUGGUCACAGCUGCCCCACAGUGCCCUUAUCCUGACGCCUGGAUGGGACCUGUCAACCCUGGAACUGCAUUCAAAGAGGUUGGACAUGAAUUCGACUAUCUCUUCAUCCAGUUUUACAACAAUUACUGUUACCCUGGCAGCCAGUAUUACGUGUCUGUGAUGGAUCAGUGGUUAAAGUGGACAAACAGUAUCAAUAAUGGGCCACUCAUUCUACUGGGGUUACCAUCUGGUGUGGGAGGGGCAGGAAAGCCUGAGUACUACUUCCCACCCGAUCAGUUGGCUGUGGCAUACAAGAAAAUUCGCGACAAGCCCGGCGUAGGUGGCAUGAUGUUUUGGGAGUGCUCCUGGGACCAGAACAACAUUAUCAACGGUAGACACUACAGUGAGUACGCAUUUGAACUGGUCAGCGGUGGUUCCAUAACUCCUCCUACGCAGGCGCCAUCUACUAACCCACCACCAGUCACGACGACAAAGCCACCCGUGGUGACCACACAGGCUCCUGUGACUACCGCUAAACCUACUACAAGCACCCCUACUGGUUCAGUAGACUGUUCCUCUUCACCCGACGGGUACUACCCUGAACCAGCAGACUGCAGUAAGUAUGUUGUAUGUGCUUCUGGUGUAGCUUAUCACAAGAGCUGCCCGCCUGGAUUGAAUUACAACAAGGUCAAGAAGUACUGUGAUUGGCCACACAAUGUGCAGUGCUAGUCAACCCUUAGGUUAAUGUACUGUAUUAGCUAGAUGAAUUGUACUACUGUUAUGCGCUAAUAGAGACAAAUGUCCCAAAAGGUUAAUCAGCAGUAGAGUACUGUCAGUUUGAGGAUGACCGUGGUGAAAAACGAAUGCGCAUGUAACAAAUUGUCCAAGAAAGCUUGAAAACUUUGCAUCUCACACGAAAAGCGGUCGAGGUUUAGUAAAGAUUGACAUUAGAAGAGUUCGACAUACAUUUUUUCUUAACUUUCAAGAAAUAAGCUUAACAUUUGUUAUUUUGUAGCUGUUUUUGAGAUGUCUUCGAAACCAUACACCCAGUCGAAAUAUGGCGACCAGUUUGAAUAACUAUUGUUCUGGACUGACUAGCCUCUCAUACGUGUGAAAACGCUUUUGUGUUUCAAUGUGAACACGAUGCUAGUAAGUCCAGAACAAUAAAUGGUCGCCAUAUUUUGAUUCGACGUAUAGGCAUUUAUUUUAUAGAAAGCAGGUGAACAACCGCUGACUUGUUUUUCGCUGUUCGUGAGGGUACUUAAAGGUACAUGGGAACGAUUUCUUUAAUUGACGAUUGCUCAUUUACCUGUCGUGACUUCUGUCUCUAUCAGUGUGCAUGCGUGGCAAUGAAGACAGUCUGUAGUAAUACAACACACCAUUGAUCAUUGAUCAAUAAAUGUUAUACAAAUUUACUGAUUUAAAUCUAUGCUUUAAUAAACAGAUACAGAUCAA